GGUCAGUCGUUAACAGUACUAGUUCAGUCGGUGUACACACGGGAAGAAGGUUGUAAGUCUAUUGAUAUUGACUUCUGAGCCAUCCGCGGUAUGGUUCGUCUAAUGCUUUGUGGCCUAGCGGUUUGAUUCGUACGGCUCUCACAGAAGACCUACGUCUCUACCACAUCAAUAAAUACAUAACAAUUUUUAAGUUACCAGUUUUUAUUUUUUAAUAUUAUUGUCGUUAAAUUGAAUUUUUAACGUUUUUUAUUGUUGAAAAUAAACAUUUUUUAUUUCUUGUUGUAACUUGUGUGUAAACUUUAAAACGUCCAAACUGUGGUGCGAUACUUCGAGUUACAAUCCGGCCGAACUACCCGUACAACAGUCACCGGUUAAGUGUUGUUAUUCAAUGGUAGAAUAGAAGCAAUGGACACGUACCACCGGAAAAACAUGAUGCGUGUCCAGUACUCGGCUCUAGGUUCUGGACUCGAUGGUCCUCCGCCUCUGUGAGGAUUCACGGACACAGACGUGGUUGGGCAUUUCGUUCUGAUUUAGCAUCAGGAAAAAUAUUGAAAUAAUAAUACUUAUACAUCUAUGAUUUACACUUUCUUGUUUUACGUAAGAAGCAUCAACUUUGCCUGGUACCAAAGUCCGUGUCAAACACCUACAUCAAGGACGACAACGACAAAUAUGUUGGCUGAUUGUUGUGACGUUAUGGUGGCUCACAGCCCACCAUUAUUCACACCUCACUCUUCACAAUCCGAACUUUCUGUACUAUACCAGAAUUUAAGACUGGUUAUGACACAAAAGCAACAGCAGUCACCCCUGUCUAUGCGUCGAUUGAAUCGUCCCUCAAACUUAUCCAACACUGAAGACAGAGCGGGAUCACCGAAUAAGCCAAGACGCCCGUGUUUGGUCACUAGAUCGGACUCGGAUGGAAGCAUAGGAUCAUCUUCAGGGUCAUCAUCUGACGAAAAUGAACCAACCAGCCCGACUAAAAGUAAAAAGAAAGUCGUUUUUGCUGAUGAUCGAGGACUUUCUUUAACUCAAGUAAGAUUAAUGAACGAGCCAUCGAACCAACCUCCAAAACUGAUGGGCAUUGCCCCGUACUUGAACCAGUCACCAAGUGUUUUGCAGUCAACAGCUAACAAUCCCAAACAAUCUGAUCAAUGGCAACUUCGAUUUCCUCAACCAGCAUCCAGUUAUUUAGAUUUCCGUAAAAGACUAGAUGAAAGCGGUGUGUCAUUAGAAAAUGUAAUAGUAAAAUCGCAAGAUCGUCGAAUAGUCGGCACUGUGAAGGUACGCAACUUAUCUUAUGACAAAGAGGUGUUUGUACGGUGUACGCAUGACAAAUGGGCAACGUUUGAAGACACGCUGUGCACAUACGUCCAGAACAACACAAUAUCAUCAAAUAGUACGGCGGGUUCAGCGCAAAAUGUUACGGCCAUUUAUGAUACGUUCUCAUUUCGUUUGACGUUGCCGGGUAACGCUACAUCUAUGGAGUUUGCUGUAUGCUACAAGGGCGGUGACUUUGAAUAUUGGGAUAAUAAUGAUGGAGCCAACUACUGUCUAAUCAACAAUAAUCAAGUUUCACAAACCACGAGCCCCAGUCCUAUGCUUUCCCCGUCGCCUACUUUAAUCGAAUUCGAACAGAAGUCGCCUGUUCCAUUUUUUGGAGACCAAUCAAGACAGAAUUCAUGGAGCAGUAUAUGGCGGGAACAAAAAAGUGAUACAUAUACUACAUAUUGGUGAGAGAACGUCACUUGAAUAAAUGGCUAAAAUAAGAAGACUCAUAUUUUUUAAAGAAAAGUGUAAAAAUACAUCUGAGAGAUUGUCGUCUGGAUUAUCGAUAGCUACCAUUUAUUUUAGUCGACGUGCAUGACCGCGUGUGAAUGUCGCAACCAUCGUUUUAGCUAAUUGUUCACAAAAUAUUCAAUCGAAAUCAAGUUUACGUUUGUUUAUAUAAAAGCUUUGAAUUUUUAUAAGUAUUUAUUGUAAAUUAGUUUUAACACGAAUAGAAAUUAUAUACGCCAUCAUUUUUUAAAAAUUAAUUAUUUCAUUAAACUGACAAUCAUUUUUUAUCCUAUAAACAACAUUUAUUAGAAUAGUAGAUUUAGAUAAAAGUGUUUAAUAAAAUAAUAUAUGUUGGGGAUAUAUCCACUUUGUUUUUGUCAAUAAUCCCUGUAUUAUGUUUAUUAUUCAAAAUAAUUUAUCAUUACAUAUUUGUAUAUUUUAUUAAUGUUUUAUGAUUUUUAAAUUUGUUGAAUUAUAUCUUUUUUUUUUUUAAUCAUAAGUGAUAAUGCGUAAAUUAAAGACUAGAUGGCCAUCUUGUAAGACUGAUCUACUAUAUUUUUACCAGUAGUUACUCCCGCGAAUCACUGUCCCUCGAAAGUACGUAUAAUGUAUUUGGAAUUUUUUACUUUUUGUUUUCUCUUACUAUUAUUAUUAUCUUUAUUAUUGUUAUUUUAAUUUUAAUUAAGUACACUCGGUAAAUUUGUAUACACUUACUACCCGAAGUCUUCUUAACAACUGUAAUACUUUAAGAUGGCCAUACAAUUUCGAUUAUACCUAUUAAAUCUGCAAGAAAAAUGUUUUUUUAUAGCCAUCGGAAAACUAUUGUUUAACAAUGUAACUCCGGUAACAUUUUUAUUUUUACUUUGUUAUCAUGUUUUGUUGAAAAAAUAUUUAUUAUGUAUUUCAAAAUCUAUUAAAAUGAACGUGAAUUGUGCUAAAAAUGAAUAUAUGCAUUGAUAUCAUCUUAUAGUUUACAUAUAAUUCAUCAAAAUUAGCCAUUUAUUUUAUAUUGAUAUAAACAUGUAUAGAAAAAUCAUUUUAUCUAGUCACUAAUGUAAUAUAAAAAUAAACUUUCUGCUUUAUAAGCAUUACAAUUUUAAUCAUGAACAUUUCUAUUUCGACUACCUACCAAACCUAUUUUUUGAAAACAAUAUUAUUGCCUUUAAAAAUUUAUUUUUAUAAAUUAUUUUGGAUAAAAUUAGGUAAUAGACACGUGGUAGUGUUUAGUCGUGACCAAAUGUAAUACGCAAAACUUGUGUUCUAGAUUUAUAUAAAAUGUUUUUUAAGUAGUAUAAA